AUGGAAGUUCAAAGAAGAAAACAAUUAGUUCAGAAGUAUUUGAAAAGCUUACAAAAAUUGCAAGAACAAGCAGAAGUUUUCAGUGCUGAACUAGCUCUCAAGAAACAACGACAAACUUUGAAAUUUAAUGAAGUUUAUGAAAAACUUCAAAAUUCAAUUCAUCAAGGUCACUUGACUGAAACUGAGGCAAAGUCGUUUUGCGAAUUAGCAAGUCAAUUCGGAUAUUCAGAAUCAUCUGAAGCAGACACGAAACAAAUCUACAUGACAACCAACAAAAAACACAAAUCAUCAUCGAACGCAAAGCGUAAGAAGAUUCAAAUGACAGUAUACAACAACGAAUGCUUUACGCAUAAAGCAAAACCAACGAUAGUGGAAAUUGGAGAGCAAAUAUUUGGAUCCACUAAAAGAGGAAGAAAGAAGAAGAUUGUAAAUACAGCCAACCGUGAAGAUACUGGGUUGAUCAAGGUUCCCAAAACCGCCUCCAAACCUUCUCCUGUUCAAAUUAAUACAGACAUAAAUUGGAGAGAAUCUCUCAAAGAUAUUGAUCCUGCUGUGUUGGAACGAUAUUACCAAUACAGAAGAAUUCAUGAAUUCGGAUCAGAGGCGUCGAGUAUUCUGUACAAGAGACUUGAACCUAAUUACAGCAAGUUUGGGCAUUGGUUGUAUCUUGGAUCAUGUCCGAAGCAUUUUGUUGAUAUUUUGUUUACUCAUCAGAAUUGUUUGAAGUGGACACAAUCAUAUAGAGCUAAAGAAAAUGGAAUAUGGACUCAACGAUUUAGGACUGUAUAUUAUUUCAAGGGCUCAAUGCCUGAUUUAUUGGUUGAUCAUGAUUGGGCGUUGAAAUUACAUCCAAUUUCUGAACUCUUCAACAACAAGGAAAUGAGAUCUUGGUAUCAUGAAGCAGUAUUUAUUGUCAACGACGACAAUCGUGUAUUUCUCCACUUUUCACAAGUAACUCAAGCAUUUUGUAAUUACUUCAAUAAAUGGGAAGACACAGCUUGA